AUGCCCGGCGUGACCUGCAUACAAUCGGACAUCACCACGGAGAAGUGCCGGAGCUUGGUCCGCAAGGAGCUGAGAGGCGGCCGGGCCGACGUGGUCCUCCACGACGGAGCGCCCAACGUAGGCAGCACCUGGUCCAAGGACGCCUUCAGCCAAGCGGAGCUCACGCUGCACUCGCUGCGCCUCGCCUGCGACUUCCUGAAAGCCGGCGGCACCUUCGUGACGAAGGUCUUCCGAUCGGCCGACUACAACUCCCUGCUUUGGGUCUUCAACCAGCUCUUUAACAAGGUGGAUGCCACGAAGCCCACGGCGUCGCGGAACGUCUCCGCCGAGAUCUUCGUGAUGUGCAUCGGCUUCAAGGCGGGCAAGAUCGACCCGCGCUUCUUCGACACCAAGUGGGUCUUCAUGGAGAACUUGGAGCCGCUGGCCAAAGACGAAGGAGUCAAGAAACCCGGUGCCUCGCUCACGGAGUAUUUCAAGCAGCUGAAAAAGAAGCAUCGGGGUGGCUACGAGGAGGGGGACGACCGGCGCAUCGUUCCAGCACACGAGUUCGUGGCUGCUGAAAACCCGGCCGAGAUCCUGAUUAAAGCGCACCAGCUCAACUUGGACGCCCCCGGCUCCGAGCCGCUCCGAGGCCAUCCGCUCACCACGCAGGAGAUCCGGGACUUCUGCGGCGACCUCAAGGUCCUGGGGAAGGGGGACCUGGCGCAGCUGCUGAAUUGGCGCGCGAAGCUGCUCCGGGAGCAAGAGAAGAAGGAGCGAGAGGCAGAGAAGAAGGCCAAGGAGGAUCCGAGCACUUUGGCGCUCCGGGCCAGAGCCAAGGCCCAGGCCACGCAGGCUGCAGCCAAGAAGGCCGUGGAUCGGGGCCUGGCAGCGGACGUGGACGAUGCCAUCUCCAAGUUCCUCGAUGGCGAGGAUGCAGAGCUGAAAGGUGCAGCCGCAGCGGCGGAGGAGGCUAGCACUGAGGAUGAGGAGGAAGACGAUCGGCUGGAGCAGCAGCUCAAAGACCAGAUCGACAAGCGCCGCAAAGAAGACCGCAAGGAAGCAAAGAGGAUGAUGGAUCGGCAGCGGAAGCAGGAGUGGCGGAAGAAGAUGAGUCUGGCAACCGGCCGCGGAACCCCCGACGAUGCCUCCGAGCUCUUCAAAGUCACGGACAGGUCUGUGCAGGCUCUGCAGGAGGACUCGGCGCUCCCCGAGGAUUGCAUCAGCGAGGAUCUCUCCGAUGAGCCCAAGGAGCUCCAAGAGAGCUCCGACUCCGAAGCCGACGACCAGAUGGACCGGCUGGCGCGGAUGGAGGUGGACUUGGCCUUGGACCAUGAGCUCCGGAAGGCCGAGCUCACCCACAAGCAUCGCAACUCCACGCAGCGGGCCGCGCGAAAGAAGAAGGAGACCCGACGGCAGCGCGUGAUGCAGGCUUGGGCCGGUGAGCUCACGGCCUUCAACGAAGCCUUGCAGGGCGAGGCCAAGGCCCAGGCGCUGGAGAACGCAGACCAGGAUGCCGUGGAAGAUGGCUCGGACAGCGAGGAGGACUUGAAGGCUCUCCGGGACUUUCAAGCAAAGCUGGAGAAGGCGGAGGACAGCGACGCAGAGGGCUUGGAUGCCGAUGCCCUUGCGGCACUUGCCGAGGGUCCAGAUGGGGAGGAGGAGGCCAGCGAAAAGCCGGUGGAAGACUUUCAAGGAUCCGCUCCUCGCAAGAAGGAGGCCAAGGAGAAGCUUCAGAAGGACCGACGACAGCUGCAAGCAAGACGGUUCUGGAUGAAAAAACGGCCCUUGCAGCAGGGCCGCGAGCAGCGCUCGGAAGGCCGCGACCUGGCUUUGGAGGACGGGGCCGGCGAGACCGCCCUCGUCCCGCACUCGAUGCGUGCGAAGCGGCAAAAAAGCGGCGAAGCGGCGAAGCGAUCCGAGAACUGUCAGGUCCCCGUGGACGAGGAGGAGGUGACUCGCGGCGAGCAUCGGGCCUUCCGUUGGUUUAGUUGGCACCUGAGAGCCCACGAGAUGCCGCCUUUCUGGGCCCCCGGCCCCGUCUCUGCAGGCCAGGACAUCUUCUCGGGCCUCAGCGCGAAGCCUCGAGGAGCUCAGGAGUUGGAUGAGGUUGGUUUCGGGCCUCAGGCCGUGGCUUCCGUGGGGCCGCAUCUUGCUGGGAGCUUUCAAGGCUGGGACCCAGCAACGACAAGUCUCGCAGAUGGGGAUAUGGAUGGGAUUUACGAGGUGACCCUGGACUUGGCUCCUGGCUCCUACGAGUUCAAGUUCCUGAACGGCAACUCAUGGGACCAGGCAGAAGCCGUGCCAUCCAGCUGCAGCGAGGCUACCAGCGGCAUGAUGAACCGACUUGUCGUCGUGGAAGACGCCGACGCACCGCUGGAAGUGCACGUCUGCUUCCAGGAAUGUCUGCCCUGCGCUGCACUGCCGGCUUGCAAGAUGUUCAACUGCCCACCUGGCCUCGUGCUCCAGGGAAGCCGGCUGGACGUGCCCGGAGCAUCCGCCGCCUGCUGUGAGACGGUGGAGGAAGGGAAGGGCGCCCUUGUUGUGCGCAGCUCGGCUUUCUCCGAUGGAAAUUGGGCAGAAUUCUGGAUGAAGGGAGCGCUGCUCUACGGCACCGGCACCCGUGGCCUGACGGUUCUGGAGCUGGAAGAUGACCUGGUGAAGCAUGCGGAAACCUUUGACACCUACCUCAGCUCCAGCUCCUUGGAAGGCUACUUGUCCUCGGUGACGCCCGGGAACUUGGUCUUGAUGGCUAUCGUCGAUGAGGGCUCCGCGCAGCUGAGUGUUGCGGCGGAGGCCUUGAUCGCCGGCUGCGGAGCCCAAAAGAUCGAGGACGUCGCUUUCAGGAGCUCUUACGCACUCAUCGGCAGGAAAGGUGGGGAAGCGCUCUCAGAGGUGGUCCUGCCGGAAUUCGCCGGGACGAGUGUUGCAGUUGCUCAGGUGACAUUGCAAACCACCACGACGACAACUCUAGCCCCAUCGCCAGUAUCACCAGUUGCCUUCUGCGACAUGAAAGUGGCAGAACCUCCCAUGUCGGGCAGCUUGGCAUUGGAUGGCAACUUGGAGCUGGACGCUGGAUGCCGGUUCCGCGUCUGGGAAAGCCCGGGGAUCGCCAGCUGUCUAGCUGGGACCUGGGUGGUGGUCACUGGCUCCUCCAACGCCCUCUUGAUCUUCAACACACUCUUAAUGCUGCUUGCUCCAGCGGAGGCGGAUGUCCAGCGAAGCGGCCGCUUCGGGGGUGCGCAUCUCCUGGAUGCGGUGGUGGAAGAUGGCCAGAUCAUCCAUUAUCGAACGGUGCGAUCCUCAGAAGCUUCCUGCAUCCAGAGCACUCCGACGGGUGGCCAGAACGAGACCGAGUGCAAGCGCCUCUAUGCCAAGGCCUUGAAGGAGGCUCCCCAGCCCAAUGGCAGAAGGGUCCGAGUCACCAUGUUCCUCUCCUUCUUUUGGGCCAGGACCGGCACGGCGGUGGAUCUCAUUGAAGGUGAUGAAACCUGGGCCGGUGCUGAUGUGGCGAUGGUCGUGCAGGUCGUGGCCUGGUACGUGGUCUGCAAUGGCAUCAAGUUCACAGGAUGCCCACGCAGCAACCUUAUAGACAUGGAGGAAGGGCUGGUGAAGUCCAUGUUCGUGGCAGAGAUGGGGGCCGUGCUGGAUCGAAUGACGCCCUUCUGCGCACCGGGGGGUCGUGCCGGACAGCGGGGAUGUGCCGUUGCCACGAACUCUUGGAGUGAUCCAGGCCCCAGAUUGAUGGCGAUGUUCCAAGGUUACAACAGCGAGGUCGUUGAGGCCAUGCGACCGCUGCGUUCUGCGACCUUCCGUUCCGUGGACAUCUUCGCGCUGGGGGGCUCCAUGCCCGGUGAGACGUUCCAGGGCCACGGGAGUCAGAUUUUGCACAUUUGGACCUGGCAGGCUUUGCUGGGAGGCUUCUGCUCGGCUGCCUCGGCCACGCCUGGAAGCCAGAUUCAGUUCCAGGGGCCCGUUUGCUGGAGACGAGACGCAAGCCUGGACUCCUGUACUGCUUACACCAGAACGGUCCUGUGGCAGUGCAUGAACAGCAUGCUCUGCAGCCACCGGCUGCUGGACAAGCCCGAAACUACCACGACGACUACGACGACUACGACGACUACGACAGAGGGGAAUGGGAAGGUCUUCCUUCCAGUCGAUGGGGGUGACAACCGUGCUUGCCGUGGGCAGGCGCCGGGUGACAACAGUGCCAGUUACUACACCGUGGUCUCCGGCAUAACUUCUCUCGCCGCCUGCCAGGAUGAGUGCAUCCGCUCUGAGGCCUGCGUUGGCAUCGAGCACAGCGGCUCCCGCUGCGAAGUCUGGACACGCGCAGCUGGCAUUGGAGCCUCCAUUCACCUGGCGGGUUUCACGUGCCUCAGCUACGGAUCAAGUGUCACGACGACGACCAGCUCGCCCAACAACCUCUCCUCUCUCUUCGAGCCUGUGGACGGUGGAGUAGGCCGUGCCUGCCGCGGGGCCUCCGUCGCCGACAAUGCUCCCAACAACUACGUGGUGGUUCCAGGUGUGCUGAACCUGGCCGAUUGUCAGUACGAGUGCACAGAGGUAGCUGCGUGCGUCGGGGUGGAGUACAGCCUGGGCAGAUGUGAGGCUGGCGAGGCGGGCUCGGGCUCCGAGGGCGAGGGCGGCCAGAUGCGGGAGCUCAGCGACGCGCAGCUCCCGAAGCUGCCGCUCGGCCAGAGAGAGAAGCGAAGGAUCAAGCGGAAGAAGGACCUGGAGCGCCUGGAAAAGCUUGGGAUCAAGCCCAAGAGUAAGCAGAAGGAGGAGGAGAAGGGCAGCCUGGAGGUCGCUCCCCUGGAGGCUCCCAAGUCGAUCGUGUCCACCGGCCCGACCAAGCCUUCGGACCCCCGGGAGCUCGCCGAGACCAUGGCGCUGGGCUCUUUGUUGGUGGAGUCCAAGAAGUCCAGGAUGGAGCUGCUGGACGCCGCCUACAAUCGCUGGACCUUCGAUCCCAACGAGGCCUUACCGGUCUGGUUCACGGAGGAGGAGGAGAAGUACAACAAGCCGGAGCUGCCAAUCUCCAAGGAGGCCAUGGCCCAGUUCCGGGCCAAGCUGCGGGAGAUCAACGCCAGGCCCAUCCGAAAGGUCGCCGAGGCACGGGCUCGGAAGAAGCGGCGCCUGGCCAAAAAGCUCGAGCUGCGCUCCACGGCCAUGCCCGGGGCUUUGUCUGAGACCACCGACAUGAGCGAGACGGCCAAGGCGCGGCAGAUGCGGAAGGCGGUGAACAAGCUCGCCAAGCAGGACCAGCGAAAGGUCACGACGGUGGCCAUCAAGAAGGGAGGAGGAGGACACAAACUGGACAAGAAGAAGGCCCCAAAGGGUGCCAAGGUGAAGGUGGUGGACAGGAGGAUGAAAGCGGAUCUCCGCGGCCAGAAGAAGGCGCCAAGCACAAGGGAGAGGCAUUCCGUAUAUGGGGCUUCGUUCCGGGGGGCCGGUUGGGGGGGGUGCUUCUUGAAGGCAUGGCUCACAGCAGUCCCCGCGGCCCAAGACAUAAUAGCAGCGACGCAGCGCGGUUCCUGGCCAUGA